CUCCUCCCCUUCCUACCGAUCAUCCCCACGCCCCUCCUUUUCACCGUGAGAAAAUAGUUUUUUUUUUUCCAUCUCGUUUAUUUAUCUCCUUCCGUCACAUGGGCUUUCUGGGUCGCAGUGUGAGCUGUCGACACGGGCUCGUUUUGAACAGUAUGGGGAUUUGAAAGCGGGUACGAAAAAGCGAAGGGACUCCGCAUCUUUUCUCUCAGCAUCUCCUCCGCUGCUGCGAGGCAUCAGAGGAUCAUGCAACACCUUAAGCCAUGGCGAGCUCUGCUGCUUGUGACCGUGCUGUGUCAGCCAGGAGUGUCGGAGAAAUACGGUUGCCUGUUUGAGAGAAAACUGUGCACGAGGGAUCAGUUCUGCUCAGAUGACGGGCUGUUUGGUCAAUGUCUCAGCUCCAAGCAGGACAAGGUCCAGUACCAGGUGUCGGUCCCUGUCCUGAAGAGGAUGCAGGAAGUCCUCAAACAGCUCAUGCUACAAGGUUUUUCCUGGCAAGAUGACAUCACACAAUCUAUUUUAUCAAUGGAGCUGAAAAGAGUUCCCCAUACCACCCAACCCUCUAAGCCAAACUCCUCUUCCCCCUCUCCUCACUUGUCUCAGUCCAAACAGCACACCUCCCACCAUCACAGUCCCAAGUCGGGGUCCACAACUCCUGGUGGCAACUAUGUGGACUACAUGAUUGUUGAACCUCCUCAGUCCCCACUACGCAUGCAGACAGCUUCCAUGGACCCAUACACAUACCCCCAGCAUAGGUAUCAAGAUGAAGUGGAGAGAUCCCUCAUUGGUGCAGGAAGCAGUUAUGUUCGUCCCUCCUCAAGGUCUCAGGCCAAUCAGAGAGAGCGAGCGCGUGACAGACAGCUGCUACAGGAAGCCUUGUCUCUCUACCUGGCACAGCCUUUUUAUCGCCACCGAGGGGCUGCUUCGAUGACUCCUGCAGGUUUGCCUUAUUAUGAAGACUUGGAGCUGGAGAUACCUGUGGACUAUGGGGAAGACUACACCGUAGAGGAGAGACUUGGUACUGUUGGCAGACAACAACAAUCGUUGCAGAAUAAAAAAGUUCCUCAAGACUUCAGCAUUCUGUCUGGAAAUGUGAAUGAUGGGUUGCUCCAGAGGGUGUCGGGAGUCUUGCAGAGGUACGGAGUGGACCCUAGAGAGCUUAGUCUAGAGCAGCUCUACAAGCUAGCCCUCAUUCUGCAGCUGCUGCAGACCCAAGAAAAAACAGAUCCAACUGAGAAAGACCUCAUCACCCUCAAGGAGAUGCAGCUGUUAAAAACAGACAGUGUGUCCCGUAAGCCUGAGAAGCCUGCCCCUGCUCCUGAGGGCCCUCCUGCCCCCUCCUCCGCCUCAGUCUCACCCUCACCUCCAGCCAAGAGCACCCGCCUCCCCACUUCUGUCUCCCAGCCUCCCCCUGCUCGAACUGAACAAGUCUUGAAGGAGGAAGGGCCGCCAAUGGUGGAGGGCUCAGGAGCAAAAGAGGAGUAUGGGUACAUUGUCACCAACCAGAGUCCUCUGAGUUUGUAUGAUGGAGUGAAGCUGUUGGAGCUACUAGCUGAUAAGAUACACCUGACAACCAGCAGCUUCAUCAACAUCAGUGUGGUGGGUCCUGCGCUGACUUUCCGUAUCCGCCAGAAUGAACACAACAUGACGGCUGCCGAGGUGGCUGCUAAAGCUGUAUCUGAAAAGAACUUCCUGGAGUCUGAGACAGGCCUGAAGAUUGUACAGACUGGCGUGGGAGAGAGGACAGAUGCACGGGGUCUCCCUCAGGUAACCAGGGUUUCCGAGGGCUCCAGCGGGACAGUCAUCACCCUUGUUUCCAUGGCAGUCAUAGGUGGUGUGCUGGUAUUGGCCAUGGCCGUAGCUUGUCUCAGGCACUACACUCAGCAAGUGGCCAAUGGCAAGCUUGGCCUGGGUCCAGAGGGAGGAGCAGAAACACACUUUGACUACCAGGAGCUAUGUCGGCAGCACAUGGCCUCCAAAUCCACACUGUGUCGUCAGGACUGUGUCAGUGGUGGGAGCAUGGUGGGGUCCGCCAUAGCCACAGGCGCUGGCGGUCGAAGGGGUACGGACACAUCCCGUGUCAGCAGUGUUUCCUCCCAGUUCAGCGAUGGUCCUCAGCACAGCCCAUCUUCCACUCACAGCUCCACCCCAUCCUGGAGCGAAGAGCCAGCCCAGUCCAACAUGGACAUCUCUACUGGUCACAUGAUACUUGCAUAUAUGGAGGAUCACCUGCGUAACAAGGACCGCCUUCAGAAGGAGUGGGAAGCUUUGUGUUCCUACCAGGCUGAUCCCAGUUCAGUGGCUGUGGCUCAAAACCCGAACAACAUGGACAGAAACAGACAUGCUGAAUCCCUCCCCUACGAUCACUCGCGGGUGAAACUGAAGUCUGAAGCAAACUCCGGUAAACAAGACUACAUCAACGCCAGCUUCAUUUUUGAUCAUGACCCUCGCCAGCCAGCAUAUAUUGCCACACAGGGACCACUCGCCCACACUGUUGCUGAUUUCUGGCAGAUGGUGUGGGAGAACGGCUGCACGGUGAUCGUGAUGAUGACAGCUCUGGUGGAAGAUGGAGAGAAACAGUGUGAGCGGUACUGGCCUGAUGAGGGCUCAUCACUCUACCACAUCUAUGAGGUGAAUCUGGUGUCAGAGCACAUCUGGUGUAAGGACUUCCUGGUGCGCAGCUUCUACUUGAAGAACGUCCAGACCCAGGAGACCAGAACCCUGACGCAGUUUCACCUGCUGAGCUGGCCAGCUGACGGCAUCCCAUCGUCCACUCGACCGCUCCUCGACUUCCGCAGGAAGGUGAAUAAAUGCUACAGGGGUCGUUCCUGCCCAAUCAUCGUUCACUGCAGUGAUGGCACUGGCAGGACUGGCACAUACAUCCUCAUUGACAUGGUUCUGAACCGCAUGGCCAAGGGAGUGAAGGAGAUCGACAUUGCAGCCUCACUGGAGCACAUCAGGGACCAGAGACCCGGGUUGGUCCGCACCAAGGAUCAGUUUGAGUUUGCACUGACAGCAGUAGCUGAGGAAGUGAACGCCAUCUUGAAAGCCCUGCCACAGUGAGCUGCAGCAGCUGAGGACAGAGUGAGGAGAUGUGCAGGCGGAUAGAAAUAAAUACUCAUAUGGACACUCUUAUGAUGCAGUCAUGUAUGUCUGACCAUCACUGUAAAUAAGAAUUUGCUCUACCACACUUGGAGCAGUUCCUACUCUUGUUUUCAGCAUGCAGUAUUUCACCACCUGCUCUCAUCUUCCGAGGUCUUAAAAUGUUUUGGAACUAAAGUUUAUUAAAAGUGCAUUACAGUAAAAAAAAAAAUUUUGAAAAUCAAAUAUUUGACCAUUAUGGUGCAAAUUUGAUCUUUCUUUAUUCUCUGAAGUUCCUACAUAAUUGGACACUAAUGAGGCCAUUAAAUGUAAAAUGCAAAAAGUAGAAACUUGCACAUACUGAAUUCAGAUGGACUUCAAAUGACCAGUCACUAUCAAGGGACGAUUUACCAAAAACACUGAGGGAUGGCUAGCUGUUUUCUUGGAAUAAAAUCCCUUCACAAACUUACAUUUCUGAGACAUCCAUCUUGCUGACGCACAGUAAGACUUCAGUCUGUUUUAACCCUGUGGGUGUGAUGUUACAUGUCCACCAGAUACUGUAUGCUACUGUUUAGCAUGCGUUGAUUUCUAGCAAGUUUCUUUUUUUUUUUUGUUUGUUUUAUCUGUGAGGCUUGUCUUUGCCUUGACAACAUGAUUGUUUGCUUUCUGCACUGGUCCUUUGGUAGCGGAUGCUGCACAUUGACCACAAAGUACACAUCGCCGUCUCUCUCCACACAAAGUAACUUUGGGUUCUUUUAUCGUCUUACUCAGUGUACGGCCUUGUGGUUAAUGUAAAUAAUUCACCCUGAUGAUCGUGUUUAUUUCAUGUAGCAGACAGAUAGAAAAUACCUAUAAAAAUGUAUUUUUGACUUGACCUGAAUAAAUUUGUGAUGUGAUGCAGCAAAAACA